AACAGUAACAGAGUUAAGCACAUUCGAAUUCAAGUUCACUUAAACUAAAAUUCUAUAUUUAUUUUAAAUAUUUAAACAAUUAAAGACGCGUAAAAAUGCCAUCUCACGUGGAUUUAACCCUAGAGGAAAUGACAAGGAUUGCUUUGGGUGUCCCUGAGUUGACCCACGUAAAUGUGGCUGUACUCCAAAGUCUUUUGAAUGUCCUUCUCAAGAAACUGAACUGUCAGAAUGAUAUGGUAAGGAUUAGUGGCUUCGAGGGCAAGUGUAUGGAACGCAUUCUCGAGCAAUCCAAAAUAUCUCCACUGCCCUUCGACGUGGAGGCAAUUGUUCCAAUUUCCGAGCAAUUGGACAAAGUUCAAGAGUUGGACAAACGCAUCAAGAAGCUGGAGUGCCAAUUGGAGUGUCACUUUCAGCAGAUUCGCAUUUGCAACAAGGCCAAGGACAAGAAGUACAAGAUCAACCAGGCCGAACAGUACGCCUCUCCUUGCGAGGAUCUGUGCACCGUUUGCGACGAGGACAACAAGAUCGCCUGCAGUCUGCUGGCCAACAUGGACUUCAUGAAAAAGCUGAUGCGACGCAUAGCCACCCCGAUUCUGGACCGAAUGGAGGAGGUCAGCCACAAGCUGGAGAAGUUCUACCUCACACUUCAGUCAUUUCUUAAGCAAACCGAAGCUCUAUUUAAUCGUUUGGAAAUAGUCAAGCAAUGUGUGGUGGAGAUCGAAGGUCUGAGGACUCUUGUUCAGGAAUACAACCUUACUUUUCUGGGAACCAUGGAGGAGCUGCAGGAUAUGCUGGACAGCAAGCUGGAUAAGGUGCAUAUGCCUGCGCUUAAGAAGUAUAUACGAGAUCGUUUCGAUGAUAUAGAUCGCCGGCUGAGGAUGAUUGAGGAAAAGGAUGCAUGUCCCAGGGCCGCUGGAUUUAUCAAUACGGGGCUAGCUUGUCUAUCCUGUAAUAGUCCCAAAGUGGGUGUCGACGUCGGUCCUCAAACCAUGGGACUAUUCCCGGACGCUCCGGUCAGGCACAUGCCGCCCAAGUUGACCGGAUCACCGGUCAAUUGCCAGAAGAUCGUGGUCUGUAGAUCCGUGGAGAAGGAACCCACCCUAAUGGUGCGGGUAAACAACCUUGAUCUGAGUGUCCUCUCCCAACGUCUUGCUCGUCCUGCCUCGGGCAAAAUCUGCAAGUUGCCCGAAGCUAAUGACGCCAUCUAUGGCGUUCGUAAUUCCUGUAUAUCCGGCCAGGACCACUAGCCAGUACAACUUACUGCUGGUCACCAUCCAAAUCGAUUAGUUUCCGCAAUAAAGUAUACAACUCAAGGCUGAGUCCGU